CUAGAUCUACAGGGAACGCAGCGGUGGGGAUGACGACCCCGGGAUGACGGCGCAAAUUAAGUAUCCCAGACCCGCAGUUUUAUAGAAUAUCUAAUUUAAGGUCUGGUUUUCAAGACAAGCAAGAAUGAAGAUUCAGCCCAUCUGUUAUUAUCAGAAGAAACUAUUUUGUUUGACUCAUGAUGAUAAACAGUAUUUAUUCCUUGCACAGUUCAAGAAUAAAAUUCUUGGUCACAUAAAAAAUGAUGACUUCUAUAAGGUCAAAGUGGAUUUCUUCUGUAUCACAAGUAAGCGUAUGAAGAAAGAAAGUAUUGAUUAUUUGAAUGAGUGGUUCAGUACUCAUCACAUUGGUGUUGUUCUUCACUCAGAAACCUGUGCCUUGAUAGAAAUGUCAGAUGCAGAUAAACUGGUUGAAUACUUUGAAAAUGUUUGGAGGAGGCAAAAUACAAAGGUUAACUCUAAACACAAGAAGAUAUGUUUAUCUAAGACAAACAAAAAUACAUUGCUUUCUUGCUGUGGAUCCCCCCUAGGGUCAUAUUCUAGACAUGACAGUGCAAAAGAAAUAGGGUCCAGCUUGUCCACAAAAUGUGAAGGAGGAUGGAUAAAUGCUUCAGCAGAAGAGAAAAGAAACAUGGGUGAACAUAAUUCUGAGCAAGUUGUGGAUCAAGAUCAAUCCAGUACAGAUAAAAAUGUUCAGAUAGAAAGCAAGGAUUAUUCACAAAACCAAAUUGACUUUUUGCUCAAAGGACAAAAUGAUUCCUUUUACAGCCUUUUUCCUGUAAGUAGAUUUUCUCAUGAAAAAUUAAAACAGAAAAGGCUAUCAGAGAAAUGUGGUAAUAGUCCACGCCACAUGCCACCCCGGAAGAGAAGAAAAUCUUUCCCAACAUCAGUUCAUUCUAAACACACAUCAGAGAUUGUAAAUGACAAACUUGUAUUGAAGAGGCAAUUACGGGACAAGGAAGAUACCAGUGUUACACCUUCACCAUCACCAGCUUCAAAGGAUGUUUCAUCUGUCUUGGAAGAUGAUUUUCCUACCAGAUGUAAAAUAAGAAAACUACUAGUACAUGAAGACAUUACACAUCUGAGAAAAGUAAAAUCAGUCCUGCAAAAUGCACCUGUGCCAAAUUCUUUGGACGAGACUUUGCCAUAUCCUGUUAACAAAGGGUCAACUGGUGGUCAGGAAGAAAGUGAGGGUUUGUCACAUGAUGUUCAAAUAGAUCAAGAGUCAUUUUCUAAGAAUAUUGAAGGAGAAUGUACUACAGGACUUCAUAAACCAAUGUCAUGUUGUCAGGUUAGUGACCAUGGGCAGCCAACAGUAGCAGAAGACCAGACAGAUUUGGUCAAGACAAGUGAAGCAGUGGUUGCUGACGAAGUUGAUUCACACUUGAGUUGGACAUUAGAAAGCUCUGCAGAUGAGAAUUGUGAAGAUGGUUCAUUGUUGGUGGCAGUUGGAACUCAAACAGAUAAUAACAUAACUGGCAUCCCCAAGAGAAUUUGCAAAGCAUAUUUGAAACCAAUUAAUAAUGAAAUCAAAAGCAACAUUGAGGGCUCCAUUAUACUGAGGCCAAAGCAAGAGAAAUUGGAGAAUUCUUUUCUAGCCUAUGCUCCCAGUAAUGGAAAGCCCUUAUCUAUUGUAUCAGUUGAUGAACCUCUUCCAGCAAUGAGAAGUACUCCCUCGUUUGUUGCAUGUGAAAGACAACCACUUCCCAAUUUGGAUAAUGUUUCAGGCACCUUUUUGCCGAGUAAAGAACCACCUCAGUCACCUUUGGUUAAUCCUAAUAAUAGUUAUGCCUCAGGUAACAUGCAGUCAUUAAAAUUGGUUUCCUCUGUGACAGUUUCUGGACAACCUCAUUCAGUAUGGGCCACUACUUCCAGUUUUACACCAGGAAAUGACCACAUUCUGUCAACAUGGAAUCCUCCAAGUGGACAUGAAAAACAUCUUCCAUUGCCAGCCUCUCUGCGGCCACCUGGGCAAACCCAUCUUGUAGGGAGCACUACUGCCACUUUAACACCAGGAAACCACAUUACUUCAGCUUUGAACCCUACAAAUAGACAACCUGGAGUACAAACUACAUCUCUUCAGGGAUAUUGGCAACAUCACCCAGUAUGGGGCUUUACUUCCCCUUUGAAAGGGGGAAAUGGCCAAUACACUUCAUGGAACCCUACAGAUCCAAAUUUUGUACCAGUCGCACAAAGACCACCAGUGCUAAGGUAUCUUCCUGCCUCUAUGCCAGGUGCUGGAUAUCUUCCUCUUCCUUUACCGUUUUCAACAAUGGGCCAUUGUCUUCCUGUUAAUAGACCUGCAACUGAACCACAACUGAGGGGACACUGUCUUUCUUUAUAUUCAAGAGGUACCAGACUUCCAUUAAAUAUGCCAAACCCUAACUGUGUGCCAUUUGUGCCUUUGCCAACAUUUCCAGGUUCCAUUCCUUUCCCACUGAGAUCAUUGGUGAAUGUACCAAGGGUUAGUGUAGAAUUUAACAUGACAUCUUUGCAAUUGCCACCCAUGCCUUCAGUUUCCUGCCAGUCACAGGGAGAUAGACUUGUAAGAUCUGUUAAUUACCAUGAUGCAAACUAUACGAGCUGGGGAAAUUUCCAGUCAACACAGAAAGAAGGCUCAAGUUCUGAUACCAAUCAAAAUCCUGAGUAUGCUCCAAAACACUGUGAGAAUAUGGGUAUCCAGAAUCUGAUAGGUGUAAGUGGGAAUGCUGCUUCUGAAAGUUUUACACACAUAAGAGAAAACUUCUGCAGCAAUACCUCAGAGGAACAUGUACAUUUUAGAGAUAGAGAAUUUGAGACUGAGAACCUUCAAGAACAACAAACUGCCCUUUCCCAUAAUGACAAUGUUACCUCUUCCUCAGAUCUUCAGAUAGAGAAUACAAGAGAAAACAAAGAUGCUUCAGGAAAACCCAGGUCAUCCAAUACCACUGUCAGUGCAUUGGAGUCAAUGCCUGGGAUUUGUGAAUGUGAAAAUGAAACCCUGAAAAUUAAAUCUGAAGAAAAAACCUUAUCUGAUGAAGGUUCUCAACAUCAGGGUGACAUAAGUGCUGGGACUAGUCCUCUGAAUAUAAGUAGCAUUAGCAGUGCUAACACCGAGACUGGGAUAUAUGUUAAAACUGACUCCACAACAUCUAAUCAGGGUGAUUCUUGUGGAGAACAUACCAGUACAUGUACAACUGAAACUUUAGUGAGAUUACUGUCCUCUGAAAGACUUCAUGCUGAAAAUCCCAAAGUAAACAAUCCAACUGAAUCUCCAGCAGUUGAUGAAACAAAUGUUCCUGAAACUACAUGUAGAACCAAUAUUAACACCUUAUUCACUGAAAACCCUAGGACUGAAAUUGAUCAAAAUGGGACUGAUGUCAAUCACAAUGGAACUGAAGUGUCAAAAAACAGUGAUAAAACAGUUCACUGCAAUGGUGGCAAGAAGAACAGAAUGGAAAUGAAGUACAAUCACUUAUGUGCUAUUGCAGAAAACAAAGAAAAAGAUGAUGAUGAUGGUGGUGAUGAGUCAGCCCUAGCUUUACUGUUCAAGUCACAGAAAUUGUUCAAAAGAGCCAUGAAGAAAAUGACAGAGAGGUGCACUUUUGUUGAAGGUAAAAUAAAAAGACUCCAAGCAGAAGUGUGUACCACGAGAGUAGAAACGGAAGAAUUGGAGAGAGAACUUGCUACUUUACAGAGAUUUUAGAUUAAAAAUGACAGUUUGUACUUCACUAAACAUACAGUGAGACUCUGGUUGUGGGAUUGAUAAACUCUGUUUGAAACAAGUAUAAGCAGUGUCUAUAUUAAUGGAAUUUCUGUUUCAAACUAUUAUGGUGAAUUUUAGUACAUUACUGCUUUUUAGGAUGACAAACUAUUUCUUUUUACUUAUAUGAAAGUAAGACAUUUCUAUAUUUUGAUUUUUUAUAAUUUUUAUUAAAAAUUUAUUUGCGAUGUUUUUACAUCAGCAUAAAUUUAAAUGGUGAGCUUCAGUACCAAAUGAGCAAUUACUCAUUUUUAAACUUUAUUUUUUUAAAGUUUUAUAAAUCAAUUGUGAGAAUUGAUAAAUGCAGCCUCCUGAAUUUUGCAGUUAUCACAUUUAAUAAAAAUACCUUCUUUAAAAAAAAUGCAAAUUUUAAGCUUCCUAGUACCAAGAUAUUGUAUAUUUAGACCCCAUUCCAAUAGGUCUAAGUGGAUCCACCCAAGUGUGCAGAGACUUUCGCUAAGUGUUAACGUUGUAGCUUACCCUGUAACUGAAUGACAGCCCUUCUCUUAUUUCCAAUGUAACUGAAUGACAGCCCUUCUCUUAUUUCCAAGGUACUCAUAUAAUCACCAGCUUCUUUUGUAUUCUACUUAGCGCCAGAAAGAGGUGUGUUAUUCAGUUAAGCUGAUUGCAGGCAGAGAGAGUAUCUGCAGAGUCGGGAUGAUCCAUGUAAUCCAGUGGCGUCUAUGGACAUGGGGCCUUAGACUUUUUUUCCUCAGAUUUUUAACAAGUGUAUAGCAUACCUGUCCAGAUAAAGAUCUUUAGGGAUAAGCAACAUUCUUCAGUUUGAUAAGUUGAAUAUACAUAGAUUUAACCUAGUAACUAGUUAGGUAUCAACUUAAGGUAUAUUUUCUUAUAAUUUUGAUGGAACACUUAUAGCUGUCAUUGCAUGGUUUAAAGCCUGUACCCAGUAGUUUGUUGGUCAAAGGUAUAAAUAAAAAUAUACUAUAUCAGGUAUUAAUUCAUUGAAAGGUGAAAUUUAUUAACAUACAUACAUGCUAAGUCAUUCUUACCUAGAAAUAUUUCUUAGAUUGCAAAAAAAAAACCUUAAAUGUAUCUUUAUAUCAUAUUUUUUUAGAUGUAGAUAUCGGAAUCGUGCUGCAGCACAAAGGUGGAGAAUAAUAUGUUGAAAACUUGGCCUUCAUUGUAAGUUAAUUUUAGGGAACUGCUUUCCACAUGGUGCCAGCACUAAAUUUUAAUAAACCAGAGAAAAUAUUAAAA